GAAUUAACAAGAGUCACGUGAUGUGGUCCGGCUACCCUAAGAUGGCGACCAAGGAGGUGCAGGUGGAGGUGGACGAUAUACGGGCGAUUUUCCGAACGCUAGCUCCUUACAUAGUCCGCUAUUGGAAGGAUGUAUCUCGUGAGCUUGGACUGACGGAUGAAGAUAUUCUCGAUAUCGAACACGUUCACCCAAUGGCGCGUCUCUCUGAACUGUCCUACCAGUGUCUUUGUAUGUGGCACGAGAAGCAAGGGAGAAACGCCACCAAAGACAAACUCUCACACGCUCUGAGAAAUUUGGAAUUAAAGCGUGCCGAAGACGCCAUUAGUCACCUCGUGGUACGCCGAGGACGUGUGUCUAGCCCAUCGAGACGGAAUUCCGUCGCAGGGCCCAGCACUGGAGCGUCUCGAGGCAGACGCCGCAGUACAGGUCAACCGCCCCCGCCCUCUGUGCCGAGAAAGAAAACAGGAGUCAGAAAGAGAAAUAAUUCAGAAACUUUGCACAAACCAAAACAAGGAGGCCUGCGAAGAACCUCCAGUGAAAAGACAAUUCAGUCAAGUCAGGGAGAGGCUGACUCUGCAAACACUGCCCCAAGAAAAGAUAAUAGAGAAAUAGGCGAGGUUCAUGCAACCAUAGAAGUAUCCAAUAUUGAGAUGCGGCCACAAAGUGUGGAAUCCAUGGAAACCGACCAGGAUGGAACAGACGACAGAAAUCAAACAUCGGAAACAGAGCAAGACACCUUCCAAAAAAUGAUGCUUCAUUACUACACAAAUGUUGUCAAAAAUGCGCAAGAUCACAUCAAUGCCCUGACUACUUUAUUGGAAUUUAAAGACAUUUACGUCAAACGGCUACGUUUAGGCAGCAUUGUUGUCAUUCUCGUCUGCAAGAGCUUGCGCGCCCUUUUGCAUCUCCUUGACAUGUACAAUAAAGGAGAACUACGAGAAGCGUGCCAAAAAGUGUUUUGUACUGAAAAGAUUUUGAGGGAAAUGGGAAUAAGUGAUCUGUCUGUCAAAGUAACGAUACCACAAAGAGAAAUCGUACGUUGUAAAGAGGAGCUAUUGUCCGGAAGACUGGGUCCCUCGGAAUCGUCGCCAAACGGCUCUCCGGUCCCGAGACGGGCAUUCAGCGCACCAAAUUCAGUCAGCAAGCUAUUGAUACCGCAGGAGCUUAACCACCGUAGCCGAGGAGCGUAUCUGGCGUCUUUGAAAGCAUUUCAGAAACAGACAAAAGAGGACGUACGAACACUAUCGCAGCGAUACAGGACAUUUGAAAAAUGCAUCAAAGAAUUCAUGCUAACACUUCAACUUAUAAGAUCUGGGGACUUGGGUCCCGUUAAAAACAUCUCACAAUUGGAGAAGUGCAAUGAUUUUCUGAAAACUAGUCAAAGCAUCGGGAAACAAGUGCGCACAGAUCUAGUCCAAGAGUUUCUUACCAUGUUGAGUGUAAUACGUGUAACAGUACGUGAUCUAGACGAAAAAAUUGCAGAAAUGGAGAUGGUGUUUGGUCAACCGUGGAACGUCGCGUCUAUAAGAUCCCUGAAGCUCAUGAUAAGCGGAAUCGAGGAACAACUAAGCCCUGAAUAUAACUUUUCCCGCUUAUCAGUUUUGUUAGCCUAUAAACUAUCAAUUCUUGAGAAGAGACUUUUUGCGGGGUUGGUUAGUUACGUUCCUACUCUGCUGAACAGGUUGACAGAAGUCGACUCCUAUUUUGUGGACCUUCUCAAACAACUGUCACAAAAAAGCGGGCAAUCUGCGGCGGGAAAUACACCUACGUCAGAAGAAGACAUGGAAAUUUGACCGGCAUUUUUGUGUAGAAUUAGGCAGGGAUACCUCGGAGUUUGACAUAAGACUUCCGCAUCUCCU